AUGUCAAUCGAAGUUGACUGGGCAGCUGCAACCUCCGGGCCGGAUGGAGAGGCCUUGGCCGAGCGAAUCCGGUCCUUCGUCCACGACAAGUUCCAGGAGAUAGCGCUCCCCCGAUUCAUCCGCUCAGUCCAAGUGCACUCCUUCGAUUUUGGAACCAUAGGCCCAGACCUCGAGAUCAAGGACUUUUGCGAACCUUUCGCAGACUUCUACGAAGAAGAUGAAGAUGAUUCCACCGCCUCAGUCACCUCAUCCGAACUCAUGUCCGACCUCCAAGAGUCCCCAUACGAAGACGACAUGACAUUCAACCCAAGCGCCCACAGCCCCCACAACUUCAGCCACCAUCCAUACCCCGGUGAAGGAUUCCAGCCAUCCGCCCUUCGAUCACCACUAGGCGAUCACCUCAACCCGCAUUUCUUGCCUCGCGCAGGCACGCCUGGCAUUCCCGGCGGGACCUCAACACUCGGAUAUCACAUGAGGUCACUAGGCGGAUUAUCCGGGACUCAGACACCUCUCGCGGCUGUGGCGGGCGGUACACCAUUUGCGAGUGGAUGGUCCGAUUCAGGCAUGGGUGUUCCGAGACCACAUCUCGCGCACCCUGCCGCGCAACACCUCGCCGAGCCGGAUCUGGACACUAACAACUCCACUUCGAGACCUUCCACUGCCAAUACCAUUCCUUCACAUCCUUCCAUGGGUCGUGCUGGUAGUGGCGGGUCAAAUAAUGCCAAUGACCCUGCCGACGGGAUGCAACCUUCUAUUGAAACUCAGGGCGCCGGAGAUGACCAAUCAUUCCCUGUUCCGCCGCGCAUGCGCGAACGGCGCCCGGAGGAUGUCCAAGUUCUUUGCCAUGCCAAAUAUGCCGGCGAUGUUCGAAUGUCUCUGACGGCCGAGAUUCUACUCGACUACCCGAUGCCAAGUUUUGUGGGACUACCAUUGAAGCUGAACGUGACGGGUAUCACAUUUGACGGUGUAGCUGUUGUGGCGUAUAUACGCAAGCGCGUGCAUUUCUGCUUUUUAUCAGCCGAAGACGCGGAUGCCUUGCUUGGCUCGGAGCAGUCGCAGGGCAGUCAGAAUUCUGGAGAGGAUGGGAGGCCAAAGCCUGGGGGUGACCAGAAAGAGAAGGACCUCAAGCGACAGGGCGGGCUUCUGCAGGAAAUUCGGGUUGAGAGUGAGAUUGGCCGCAAGGAGGAUGGGAAGCAGGUCUUGAAGAAUGUCGGGAAGGUGGAGCGCUUUGUUCUCGCCCAGGUUCGCCGCAUCUUUGAAGAGGAGUUGGUUUAUCCUAGCUACUGGACAUUCCUUGUUUGA